AUGCAGACGAAAUAUCCAGAAAUCGUUUAUACUGUACGUGAUAACUUACCAACCCUUAAUAAUUCAAAAGAUUCAUGGGAAGAACUCGAAAAAAUAUAUUGUAACGUGCCCGAAAUUAGAGACAUGUGGAGUACACGUUCUGCAGACAAUGUUCCGUUCGACUCACAAACAGAAUCUUAUUUAAGCUUACAGAAAAAUAACAAAGUCAACAAUAAAGCAUUGGAGAUAUUGUCUAUUUCUCUUAAAAAAGAU